ACCACGCCCCCACCUUGGGACAGACCCGGAAGCGGCGGCGCCCCUGGGGGAAGAUGGCGCCCUCGGGGCUGAAGGCGGUGGUGGGGGAAAAAAUUUUGAGUGGAGUCAUUCGGAGCGUCAAGAAGGAUGGGGAGUGGAAGGUGCUCAUCAUGGACCACCCGAGCAUGCGCAUCUUGUCCUCCUGCUGCAAGAUGUCAGACAUCCUGGCUGAGGGCAUCACCAUUGUGGAGGACAUCAACAAACGGCGAGAACCCAUCCCCAGCCUGGAGGCCAUUUAUCUGCUGAGCCCCACGGAGAAGUCGGUGCAGGCCCUGAUCGCAGACUUCCGAGGGGCCCCGACCUUCACCUACAAAGCAGCACACGUCUUCUUCACUGACACCUGCCCCGAGCCCCUGUUUGGUGAGCUGGGCCGCUCCCGUCUGGCGAAGGUGGUGAAGACGCUGAAAGAGAUUCACCUUGCCUUCCUCCCGUACGAGGCCCAGGUGUUCUCCCUGGAUGCCCCCCACAGCACCUACAACCUCUACUGCCCCUUCCGGGCCAGCGAGCGGGCACGGCAGCUCGAGGCACUGGCCGAGCAGAUUGCCACCCUGUGCGCCACCCUGCAAGAGUACCCGGCCAUCCGCUACCGCAAGGGCCCAGAGGACACAGCGCAACUGGCCCACGCUGUCCUAGCCAAGCUGAACGCCUUCAAGGCAGACACUCCCAGUCUGGGCGAGGGCCCUGAGAAAACUCGCUCACAACUACUCAUCAUGGACCGGGCAGCCGACCCUGUGUCCCCACUGUUGCACGAGCUCACGUUCCAGGCCAUGGCCUAUGACCUGCUGAACAUCGAGCAGGACACGUACAGGUACGAGACCACGGGGCUCAGCGAGGCCCGGGAGAAGGCUGUGCUGCUGGACGAGGACGAUGACCUGUGGGUGGAGCUGCGGCACAUGCACAUCGCGGACGUGUCCAAGAAGGUCACGGAGCUCCUGAAGACUUUCUGUGAGAGCAAAAGGCUGACCACCGACAAGGCCAACAUCAAAGACCUGUCCCACAUCCUAAAAAAGAUGCCGCAGUACCAGAAGGAGCUGAACAAGUAUUCUACGCACCUGCAUCUAGCCGAUGACUGCAUGAAGCACUUCAAGGGCUGCGUGGAGAAGCUGUGCAGUGUGGAGCAGGACUUAGCCAUGGGCUCCGAUGCAGAGGGCGAGAAGAUCAAGGACCCCAUGAAGCUGAUCGUGCCCGUGCUGCUGGAUGCCGCUGUGCCAGCCUACGACAAGAUCCGGGUUCUGUUGCUCUAUAUCCUUCUACGGAAUGGUGUGAGCGAGGAGAACCUGGCCAAGCUGAUCCAGCACGCCAAUGUGCAGGCGCACAGCAGCCUCAUCCGGAACCUGGAGCAGCUGGGGGGCACCGUCACCAACCCUGGGGGCUCUGGGACCACAAGCCGGCUGGAGGGGAGGGAGCGCUCGGAGCCCACCUAUCAGCUGUCCCGCUGGACCCCAGUCAUCAAGGACGUGAUGGAGCCCCUGCCCAUUCUGGGACGCAUCAGCAGCAGAAUGACCAGGCCAGGGACCCAGCUUCCUGGCGUCCUGUCACCUGUGUGGAGUCCUGGCACCUGCACCUGCUUGGAGGAUGCCGUGGAGGACCGGCUGGACCGGAAGCUGUGGCCCUUUGUGACUGACCCCGCCCCCACGCCCAGCUCCCAGGCUGCUGUCAGCGCCCGCUUCGGCCACUGGCACAAGAACAAGGCAGGCAUAGAGGCACGGGCGGGGCCCCGGCUUAUCAUCUACAUCGUGGGCGGUGUGGCGAUGUCAGAGAUGCGGGCUGCCUACGAGGUGACCAGGGCCACUGAUGGCAAGUGGGAGGUGCUCAUCGGCUCUUCACACAUCCUCACCCCCACCCGCUUCCUGGAUGACCUCAAGACGCUGGACCAGAAGCUGGAGGACGUUUCCCUGCCCUGACCCUGCCACCCCCGCCUGACCUGCCCCCUCCCUUUUCAGAGAAAUAAACUCCUCCCUUCUUUAUGCCAGCUGGC